AUGGCGGCUGGACAUAGAGCUAUCGUUAGAGAUCGCAUGUAUCUGAGGCAAGUGCCACGUCCUCGUGUUUUUCGCGAUAGGAGUAACCCUCUGGAGGACCUAAGGGAAGAGGAGAUAUUUGCUCGCUAUCGUUUCCGGCCGGAUACGAUCUACUUCAUUGUUGAUUUAUGCCAGGCAGCUGCCCGGGACACAGGCAGAUGUUUCGCAAUACCUUUGGUGUUGUGCGUUUUAAGCUACCUGCGGUUUUUGGCAACAGGAGCUUUCCAGUUGACUGUCGGUGACACUGUCAACCUGAGCCAGCCCACAGUAAACAGAGUUUGCCGCCAGGUUGGACAGGUGAUUUCUGCUCUUGCAGACCGGUAUAUCUGCUUCCCCUCCGGUGAUCGUGUCCGCCAAGUGAAGCAGCAGUUCGGUGCCAUGGCUGGCUUUUCCAACGUCGUCGGGGUAAUUGAUUGCACCCAUGUUUCGAUAAAGAAGCCAUCGUCCAAUCCAGAGGAUUACAUUGGGAGCAUUAUUGAAAUCACAAAUAUUAAACUGUGUAUAUUUCAGGCUGUAUGUGAUGCCUCAUAUAGGAUUACAUCAGCAGUAGUGAUGUGGCCAGGAAGGACACACGAUGCACGAAUCUGGCGCCAAUGUGCACUCCGAAGGAGGUUUGAAGAUGGUGAUAUGCAAGGGUUUUUACUUGCUGACAGUGGGUAUGCCUGUACAAGGUAUAUGUUAACCCCCUACAUGAAUCCUGUGGGAGAGGCACAGGCACGUUACAAUGGGGCACUGUGUCGCACAAGGGUCACUGUUAAGCAAACCUUUGGAAUUUUGAAGCAACGAUUUCAGGUAUUUCGGAGGAAGUUGAAUUGUUCUCCAGAAAGGGCAUGUAUGCAUAUUAGAAACUGCAUCACAUUGCACAAUCUGGCGAUCGAUCGCAGGGAUAUCGUUGCUGUUGACCCAAUCGACCCCAAUGAUUAUCAUGGAGUUGAUGUUGGGGACAACAUGGAUGGGAAGGCCGCCAGGGAGUACGUGACCAGAAUGUACUUUGAGCGAUAG